CAAUGGAUCUGGACGAGUUCAUAAAUAGAAAUACUUCAAUUUUACCAGGUUGACGUAUUGUUAAUUGGCAGAACGUUAUUUUACCUAGGUGACGAGCUAUGGAUUCUGAUAAGAAUAUGUACAAAAAGGACGUCGACUUCACAGAGUUGGCGUCCCAAGAUGCCGAAUUCAAGAAUAUUCUAAAGCCAAAUGGCCAAGUUGAUUUCAGCGACCCCGAAUCCGUCCAACAACUCACCAAGUCCCUCCUAAAACGAGACUUUGGCCUGAAGCUCGACCUCCCACCUGACAGACUAUGUCCCGCAGUCCCAAACCGCCUCAACUACCUCCUGUGGAUCCAGGACCUCCUCGAUACCAGCACUCCCACCCCCUCUCUCGACGACACCCACGACCCCACCCGCCCCGUCAUCGGCCUCGACGUCGGCACUGGAGCAAGUGCCAUCUACCCCCUCCUCGGCUGCUCGCACUAUCCGACCUGGCGCUUCGCCUGCACUGACACCGACCCCCACAGCUUCACCUUCGCCCGCAAAAAUAUCACCCAAAACAACCUCUCAAACCGCGUUCGGCUUCUCCAAACCGAACCGGAUGGUCCUCUGCUCCCACUCGAUGAUUUGGGACUUGACACAAUCGACUUCACCCUCACCAACCCCCCAUUCUUUACAUCCCCUGCUGACCUUAUUGCCUCCGCCUCCUUGAAAUCCCGUCCCCCAUCCAGCGUCUGCACAGGCGCACCGUCAGAAAUGGUUACUCCCGGCGGCGAAACUGCGUUCGUCGCACGCAUGAUCGCUGAGUCUAUCCCGCUAGGCCAGCGCGUAAGAUGGUUCACGGCGCAGCUGGGGAAGUUGGGGAGCGUAUCUACUGUGAUUAAGGAGUUGAAGGAGAAAGGGGUGAAGAAUUGGGCUGUGGGAGAGUUGGUCCAGGGACGUACGAAGAGGUGGGUUGUGGGAUGGAGUUGGGUAGGAUGGAGACCCGCGGUGCGGGUUGCAAGGGGAGCGGUGGGUGUGGCGGGGGGGGAUCUUCCGUUUCCCAGCGAGGCGGUAGCUGUCAAGGUUGUAGUGGAAGCGGAGAAGGUGGGGAGAAGGGUGGAUGAAGCUGUUGCGGGGUUGGGGGGGAAGUGGAAGUGGGAUGCGGAUGGUGGGGUGGGAGUAGGGUUUGUGGCGAGGAAUACGUGGUCGAGGGCUGCGAGGAGGAAGGGAGGGGGUAUGGAGGAGGAGGGGGAUGAGAUGGCGUUUGGGUUUAGGAUUUAUGUGAGGGGGGUGCCUAAGGAGGAGAAGAAGCCAGCAGAGACGGAGGUUGUGGUGAGAUGGCUGAAGGGGGAUGAUAGCGUCUUGUUUGAGAGCUUUUGCGGGAUGAUAAAGAGAAAGGUGGAGGCGCAGUAGCGUCCAUGUCGGUUUGUUGCUGAGCAUACCCGAAAGAAAUAUCAACCCCACACUUAUUCAGGGGAAUAACUAAAACUGGCAAAGUUUCUUCUCAGGAAUCUGAAUUGCUAGUUUGCAAUAAUAGAACUUCCAGCCAUAAUAUAUUAUCAUGAUGAUAGUUAAAUGCAGUUUCCAAGG